CUUGAACCUCUUUGAACCUGUUCUCGAGAUCUCCUUUCUGGACACCAUAGAUCCAAGAUCAGUCAAAAUGAAGGAUGAUGGUGUUCAAACCAGCAGUGAAGGUAAACACCCCGAACAUUCCCCGCCGGGGGUCGUGCUGGUGCCUCGACCCAGUUCCCAUCCCCAGGACCCGCUCAAUUGGCCAUAUCGUCGGAAACAACUUAUUCUGGCCACUCUCUGCCUGGCCUCUUUUUCGGGGGCUAUCGCUCCCCUAUCUGGUCAGCUGAAUCUGGCCCAACAGGCCAAGAUCUAUGGCAAAACAAGGGUCCAAGAGUCCUAUGCUAACUCCGCCGCAUUGGCGGGCAUGGCCUUCGGGCCCUUCUUCUUUGCCCCAGUCGCCCAUCGACUGGGUCGCAGCUCCGUUAUCUUCUGGUGCAUUCUUUGUGCCCUCGUCUGUCAGAUCUGGGCGGCCGUCAUGACCCGUUCGGAUGAUUAUAUCCCCUACAUCAUCUCGCGACUUUUUGCCGGCUUUUUCGGCGCCGUUCCCACCGUUCUUGGCCCGCGUGUCAUCACCGACCUGCUGUUUCUGCAUCAGCGCGGUCGCGCCUUCAUGGCCCUGCAUAUGGCCUUUCUGUUUGGCACCAUCGCCGGCCCGACCUUCUCGGCCUUCAUCUCGGCUAAUGCUUUCUUCCCCGUCGAGUUCUGGUGGACUGUCGGCCUAUUGGGCGCCACAGCCAUCCUCAUCUUCCUCUUCCUCGAGGAGACUGGGUAUGAUCGCGAGAAUCCUGAUCGGAAUCCUGCCAUACCGACCAACUGGUUGGCUAACCGCUGGGCUACCUUCUUUUUCGGCCAGCGUUUGGUGCAGCCCACCACCUGGUCGGUUACCAUGAAAAUCGCCGUGGCGCCCAUUCUGAUCGGUAUCUGUCCGGUCACAGUCAUCAUGGGUACCUUCACUCUGAUCUCCUUCGGGUUCUACGUCGGCAUGAACGCCCUGGUGCCUGUGUGGCUGCAGCGGACGCCAGAGGAAGGUGGUUACGGCUUCUCCUUGAAGCAGAAUGCCGCUUUCACCUUCUGCCACUGGAUCGGCAUCCUUGUCGUCCAGCUCGUUGGCCACUACUACAACGACAGACUACCCCUGGCGUUGGCCCGACGCUUCAACCACGGCGCUUGGAAGCCUGAGUACCGCCUGCAGGUGCUCUGGAUUCCCAGUCUUAUCCUCAAUCCCAUCGGACUGGGCCUAUUCGGCGCCACUCUGCAGUAUCACCUGCAUUACAUGGUGCUGGCACUGGCGGUGUUCAUUGUAACAAUUGGCUCGCUGGCCAGUGUGCCGGUGACGGUCAACUACGUCGUGGAAUGCUUCACGCGCUACCCGGCGGAAGCGGGUAUUGUGAUCGGCGCCUACCGUAUCGUCUACGGUCUUACUAUCAGCUUCUACAUUGACCCGUGGGUGGCUGCCGUUGAUGUCGGCUGGGUGUAUGGCAUGAUGGCUUUCUUUGCUAUCUUCUCAUUCUUGUUUGUCAUGCUGCUGAUGUGGAAGGGACAUGCCAUCCGCGAAUGGCAGCUGGCUAGCGUGGCCAGCAGUGAGGAAGGCGUGCAGAUCGAGGAUGGGAUCAGUGAGAAGGGGACGGUGGAACACGAUGGAGAGAAGUUGAAGGUUUGAUACCCCUAGAAGUUGCUACCGGCACAUCGCGUGCUGAAGUGUAAUGUGUGUACUUAAUUUACCCAUCUAUAAUUUCGG